CAAAAACAGAAAUGUAUAGAAUACGUUUAAUAUCAAUUUGACACGCACACAAAAACAAAAACAGUAGAUUGUGAAAAAAGAUGAUUUGUUUUGUAAGUAUUGGCGUAGGCCAAAAGGCGGCUUAAGUAGAGAGUAAACGUUUGCUUCCCGCGUUAUACAAAGCCCUAAUUCUCAUCAUCAUCAUGCGUGCAAGCUAUUUUCCAUUUCCUUUAACGAUUCUCAUUCUUACUCUCUUCAAGCUUCUUCUUUCUUUCCCCAAUAUCUUUUCUCUUUUAUAUUCAUUAUUUUUCUCCCUUUUUCUCUCCCAAAUCUUUUUUUUUUCUUUUUCCCGGAAAAUUCUCUCUGUUGUUGUUGUUGUUGUUGUCUCUCUCCUGAUAAGCUCGACCAAGUUUAUCUCUUUCUCGCUAAUCAUUUCUCUUUAAACUUCUCUCAUCGUUGAACCAUUUUGUUUUAGUACAUAAAGAUUCUUCUUCAUUCUUUUUGUACGCGUUUCUAUGUUACAAACGCAUUUCUAUCAUAAAAGUUAUUAUUACUUGAGCUCAAUCUUCAUUGGUUUAUUCAUAUAUUCAGAUCAAUCGAGUUCGGUACUGCGACGUUCUAAUGGGAAACCAAACAAGCAAAAAGUCACAAGAGACAUCGGCUAAGAGCGUGCACUACACAACGGAGCUGAGAUCCUACGCGGCUGCGUGCAAAGCAGACACGGAGCUUCAAUCUUUCGACACGUGUUUGCAAGCACGGACGAGUCACGUGAUAAGCACGCUAGCUACGGGGGUUGAGGUUCGAGCGCUCUCGUUCGAUUCCUUGAAAGAAGUGACGCAAUGCUUGUUGGAGAUGAACCAAGAAGUGGUGAAAGUGAUAUUGGAUUGCAAGAAAGACAUUUGGAAGAAUCAAGAAAUGUUUGAGCUUGUCGAAGAUUACUUUGAGAAUAGCUUGAAGACACUUGAUUUUUGUGCUGCUUUGGAGAAAGGCUUGAGACGAGCUCGUGAUAGUCAUCUUUUGAUUCUUGUUGCUCUUCAACAGUUUGAAGAUGAGAGCCUUGUCCAAGGUGGGAACGGAUACAAGAAGACACUUGAAGAGCUAAAGAAUUUCAAAGACGCAGAGAGUCCUUUCAACGAAGACUUCUUCAAAAUGUUCCAAUCUGUUUACAAACAGCAGAUGCUGAUGCUCGAGAAGCUUCAGCAUCGUAAAAACAAGCUUGACAAGAAGCUUAAAUGCAUCCACACAUGGAGAAAACUCUCCAGCAUCAUCUUUGUGGCUACCUUUGCCACUGUGCUCAUCUGCUCUGUUGUGGCUGCAGCCAUGGCAGCUCCUCCUGUGGCUGCGGCUCUCGCUGCAGCUACAGCCGUGCCGCUAGGCUCAAUGGGGAAAUGGAUUGACUCGCUGUGGAAGAAUUAUGAGAAUGCACUCAAAGGGCAAAAAGAGGUGAUCAGUUCGAUGCAGGCAGGAACAUUUGUGGCGGUUAAAGAUUUGGAUAAUAUCCGAGUUUUGAUCGAACGGUUGGAGAUUGAGAUCACGGGGAUGGUGAAGAGUGCGGAGUUCGCUGUGGAACAUAACGCGGUCAAGAUUGGGAUCGAUGAUAUAAAGAAGAAGCUUGAGGUGUUUAAGAAGAAUGUUGAAGAACUGGGGACUCAAGCAGAUUUGUGUAGCAGAGAUAUAAGAAGGGCAAGGACUGUGAUUCUUCAGAGGAUCAUCAAGCACCCUAAUAAUGCUAGUAGUAGCACUUGAAUAAUGAAAUCUUGAAUAGUAAAGAUUCUUUCUGAGUUAAUACUAUCAAUGUUUAAAUAACUCGAAUCUGUUUAUUGUAAAUGUAUGUUGCGUUUUCUGUAUUCUUUGAUGAUUGAAACUAUGGGAGACAAGUCUUUUCAUAGUUAACUUCUUUCUCUCUAA